AUGAAUCCCCCCGGCUACCGCUGGGAUGGCGUGGACAGAUCAAAUGGAUUUGAGAAGAAACGGUUUUCUAUGCUGGCCAAUGGGGGAGCGACGAGAGAAGAGGCAUACAAAUGGAGCACAGAGGAUAUGUAGCUGAGAUGAGGGGUAGAAGGUGUAUACGAAUAGUUAGAUGAGCGGUAGAAGGUAUAUAUGAGUUUCAUGCCAGGCUCGUUACCUCCGCUUCCCCACAGGAAAUAACAUCUUAAAAUGACUUUAUUAUAUUGCUGUAAUAUUCUUUUGUAAUAAUGAUAAUUCAAUAUGUACAAACAUUCAACUUUUACGUGGGAAAAGGCACAAUUUUAUCUGUCCAUCCUUCGAUGCCAACGACGGUAGGAUUCGGAAAAUGGGAAAUUAGAAAUUCAGCAUUGUCAAAGCGGAAACACCUAUACGGAUAUUUUAACCGGGGGGGGGGGGUUGGUCAUUUGGGUUUUGUAGGGGCAGCUUUGAAAAAAAUUUUGGAGAAGAAGAUUUUAUCCGGGAUGACAGAAGUCGAAAACUCGAAAUCAUGGUUGUAGAUAACUUGAGUGCUGUAUUGUACAAGCAAGAUGACUUGCGUUUGGUGAGUGUUAUGUUGUUUUUUUUUGUACACGGUAAAUGUCGGAAACCAUUUUAAUAUUUGUGUUUUCUUUGCAUUUUUAAUAUAGGAGCAACGUGAAAUUUCAAAACCUGGGAAAGGAGGUAUAAAAAUAAUUUGCGCAAUAUCUAUAUCUUAUCAGAAAGUUCUUAGAAAAGUUCUCAGGAGAGUGAAAGAUUUCUUAGUGUGCUGAUAGCAAGCAUAAUCUAGCUAAUAUUAUGUGCAAUUCACAUUAACAAAAUAAAUUUCUCAUUCAAGUUGAAAUAUUUAACCAAAUAAAUAUAAAAACAAGAAAUACAUGUCAAGAAGUGACGUCCAAUUGAAGUAUCAAACGAAAAAUGCAGCGACAACCGCAAUAAUGCUUUGAUAAAUGCAUGGAUAAUUAAUUCUUGCAAUAAUGUGUGGAUAAUUAAUUCAUUUUAUUUCGAAUGUCGAAGUCCGAUCCAACUACGGAACAACUUUAUCAAUCCGAUCCGAAAUGUAUAUUUUUGUUCCGAAAUCCGAACGAAUUUGCACACCUCUAGUAUAUAUGUUCAUGAAGUGUCCACCACUGUUAGUGGACCAUUGAAAUUGGCCAAAAUGCCGACCAUUCCAAUAUAUAUUUUUAUUUAUCCUUGACAAACAUUGAAUACAGAGGUUCAAAUUGCUGUGCAUUCUGUUGGGAUAUGUGGUUCGGAUGUACAUUUUCUACGUCGAGGAAGAAUUGGUGACUACAUCGUAAUGGGCCCCAUGGUUCUGGGUCAUGAGACCAGUGGUACUAUAAGUGAUGUAGGUGAAGGUGUCACAAAUUUAAAAGUUGGUGACCGUGUGGCAGUAGAACCAGGAUAUUCGUGUAGGAUGUGUGACUUUUGCAAGACUGGACGCUACAACCUCUGUGCUGAAAUGAAAUUUGCUGCAACACCUCCACAUCAUGGCACCUUAUGCCGAUACUACUGUCAUCCUGCUGACUUCUGUUUUAAGUAAGUUUAUCACAUUAAAAUUAUAACGGCUUAUUGACCGAGUGUGAGGUCUGUACCGAGGUUUUUUAGUAUGGACUGAGUAACGAAGGAGCUGAGGUCCAUGCAAAAAACAGGUCUGAUAUUUCACAGUACAGACCGAACAAGCGUAGCCUGCGAACAGGCUCUCAAGCUGAAUUGAGAGCCUGCAUCGAUGACUAAUGAAUUUGAAUAUCUGCGUCUCAAAUCGUGACGCGAAAUUCUCAUUGGUCAGAUGCUAUAAUUUAUAUUAUUCCGCUGAGCUCUAUAUAUGUCAACUGCUGAAGCACUAUGCAUAAAAAACACAUUAACUGAUCAAAUUGGUCUUGGCCAUCUUAUCUCAAAGCACGAAAUGUUCUGUUUUGAGAAAACAGUAUUUAAAACAUUUGAACUUUUGCUUGAAUAUCUUAUAUUUCGAAAAACAGUAUAAACUGUACGGUCUAAAUUUAGUUUGCACGGUCACGGUCUAAAUUUAGUUUGCACGAAAGUUGUAAACAACACCAUAUAAGGAUAGACACUCCAUAUUUGGAAAAACGAACGUUACGGGGCAGAUAUUCAAAUUCAUUAGUCAUCGAUGCAGGCUCUCAAUUCAGCUUGAGAGCCUGUUCGCAGGCUAGAACAAGCGAGGUCAAUAAUCGGUUUAUUAUAUGGCUGAACUGAGUCUGUGAGCAUAUGCUUUUCACACGAAUUAAAUUGGCUAUCGUCAGUUUCACUGGGUAACAAUAAAUGGUAGGCAUGCAUGCUCAAUCAAAAACAAUUUGGUUGUUUGAAAUUUUUAUCUGUAAAUUUCAAUGACACACAAUUGGAAAAUUAAAAAGCAAAAUUUUUUCUGUUUGCAAAGCAAAACCGAGACACCGGUCCAGAUACGGAAAAAAUACGGACCACGGUCCGGAUAUGGGUUUUUACGGACCGCUUGUCAACCAAUCAGAAUAGAGAAUUUUGAAAAGCCAUAUAAUCAUUAUUAUUAUUAUAAAAUACAGUAUUCCCUAUCCGGGCUUUCCAAUACUUGUUUACAUUUAAAAUAUCAGAAGUUCUGUAUAGAAGUUCUAUAUAAAAUGUUUAAUCUUUGCAAUAAUGUUAAUUACUUUGAAGUUUUUUAAGGGUAAUUUGUUCAAGUCGUUGUCUAUGCUUUUCCAAAUCGUUACAGCUCUAUGAUGGAAACUCUUUUGUCCUGUCGUUGUUUUGUAUGAUGGUGGAAUAUUUAGAUAUCUUCCUUAUUCCUUGUGCAGGGUUUUUUCCGGAUUUUCUCUUGGGUCCGUUUUUGCAGAGUGUCAGCCCCCCCUACUGCGGGGGGGGGGGGGCUGACACUUGUACUCAAUAAAUGUAGUUGAGAUGCAAUGUGUUAAAGCAGGGGCACUGAGGGACACUAUAAACUGGUUAAAGAUGGCAAAUGCAUAGUUUUUCUUGUGUUGUGAGAUGAAUUCCAGUCAUUUUUUCUUAAUUGUCGGGUUUCCAACUGAAAACUAAUUUCGACACGUCACAAAUUUAACACUGUUUAACAGCCCUAAAAAAUCCCUGAAAAAAAGCCUAUUGUGUUUAAAUUGUGAGAGAAAUCCUACAUAGAAAAAUCCUACAUAGCUUGGGGUCCAAUGUUCACGUUUGUUUUUCUAGGUUACCAGACUCUAUGAGUUUUGAAGAAGGAGCGUUACUUGAACCAUUAUCAGUUGCUGUCCAUGCAUGCCGUCGAGCUGGUAUAACAAUGGGUGAUACUGUUCUGGUCUGUGGAGCAGGUAAAUAACUAGAUAGCUUACAGUAAGAUCUAUGAUGUCAAAUAUCUAGGAUGUAAAUUGGCAAUAUUUUUUUAAUCCCAAUUUCUCAUCAUCCACCACCAUGGAUACAAGAGCAUAACAAAUGGUAAUGAAUUUGUACGUAUCUUUAAAAUUCAUUUUCAAAAGGGUGUAAAUAUUUACAGUUUAAAGGUCGACGUCAUGAAUUUUAUGUGGAUGUUUAUUUAUUUAGGACAUCCUAGUCCCAGUCCUCUGCUUAGCCCUUGUCUUAGCUAACGUCAUAGAUCUUAAGCUAUUCCAAUAGCUCUAUCAGUUCUGUCUUAAGCUAUUCCAAUAGCUCUAUCAGUUCUGAACUGUUCUCCUAUAUUCCUAGUUAGCAGGGGCUAGCUUGUCCAGUGUUACCACAGGAGGAGACCUAAACUAAACUGUUUUACAUAAUAUAGGAUAGCUUUAUCAUUUUUGAGCUGUUUUUACAAGGGUCCAGUUAUAGGAACAUCCUUUAUUGGUUCAGUGGCACUACACACGAAAGCUCUCGCAUGCAUUUGAAGUGCUCUUCUCACAAAAGGCAAAAUUAUAAUCAUACAACUGUGUAUUGCAGUAAGAUUUUCUGUGACCGUGAUCUGGAAAUACUGAAACAAUGCUAUACUGGGAAAAUAUUCAAUGUUGAAUUUUAGGUCCUAUUGGUUUGGUGAAUCUACUGGUUGCAAAGGCUUGUGGGGCUAGUCGUGUUGCAAUUACAGGUAAGACCUAAAAAUAUCUCAAGUGCGAGGGUUUGGCGUAGGUAGUAUCCUAGGGUGCGAUAAUUCACAUACUUUGUUUACAGCCAAAUAUAGGUACAACACACCUUUGCUACCUGGUAAGGUUAAGGCCCAUUUCCAUUCAAGAAAAAUUUCCAUCGACAGAAAAUUUUCCGAAAAUAUCAUUGUUAAAAGUUGAAAACUUUCAACUUCAAAAUUUUUUCCAACUGAAAAUUUGUGUCGGCCAAACACAUUUUACAAAUGGAAAUGGGCAUUCAUGUCUGAUGGUUUGUGUCUGAGAUGCAUAAACUUUUCAGGUUAUAAUAAACUACCUGAACAAGUGUUUUUAAUAAUAAUAAUACUCUUUCCAUAUAAAAGAACAGUAAAGAAGGGUGCAGAGUAUAUUUGUCUAGAUUUGGACGGGAAACGCCUUGAAAUGGCCCAGAAGUUAGGUGCAGACAUCACCAUUCAAGUUCAAAGAGAACAAACGGCAAAGGAAGUUGCAUCUCGUGUGAGAGAAUUACUAAACAAAGCUCCCAACAAAGUCAUUGAAUGCACUGGAGCAGAGUCAAGUAUUAAUACUGGAAUAUAUGUAAGUACAUAGCAUAUUGUAUCGACAUGGGCUAGAUUGUUGGCUCGAGUUGUGCCAUUUGACUGAUAUUCGAUACUUUUUCUAAGAUAAUCAAUUAAUGAUGUUGAUUAGCGUUGUUGUUUAAUCUACAGUUAUAACUAUCAAUUCUGAUUGUUUAAUUUUUUAUCAGUAGAGCUGUAAGGAAUCCUACAAAAUGCGUAUGUUGUGGCCUCAUUGGCAUGCAUUGUACACAAUCAUAUAUUGCUUGCUAUAUAUUGCUAACUUUAGCUUAAGUUUUAUUUAAUGGUCAUUAUUUAAUUAAUAUGACAAUUACAAUCCUUGUGAGUUGUGAAUUGUGAUAUUUGGUAGCAGACUUUUAUAGGCCUUUCAAUAUAUGUAAUUUAUAAUUGCUUUGUUCUUCAGUUUAAAAAGUUUUAAGCUUAAAUAGUGAUACAAGAAUCAAAAUAACAUAUUCUUUAAAGUUUCAGUUUAAACUAUUUUGGAUUUUUUUUCUUGCGUCCCCAGGCAGCUGAAUCCGGUGGCGUAGUUGUUGUAGUCGGACUGGGAAAGCCUGAAAUCACAAUGCCUGUUUUUGAUUUCCUCGCGAGAGAAGUAGAUGUUCGAGGCAUAUUCCGUUAUGUUAACUGGUGAGUUGUACUGAUUUAAUACUGACAGCAUUUUCAAGGUUAAUAUUGUUGACUUCUACUAAGGCUUAUUUAGUCAUACGCAAAAGUUUUCGAAAAUUGGAUCAGACCGCCAAGCUAGUACCCCCAAUCAGGUUCAGACCCUAAUAUCCCCCUGGAGGAAAAGUCCAGCACCACCCUAAGAAAAUCUGCUUGACCAUACAUUUUCUGAUUUUCGAAUAACGAUAGUCGAUUAGUGGAACUUCAGCUGUUUAGCGCGUGUCGAUUACUCGAUUUCUUGAAACUAUUUAAUUGAUUUGUGAGCUCACGAGAAAAUACUCAGAAUGCUUUAGUUAAAUAUCAUGGUUAAAUAUGCAAACAUGUCGAGGUUGUAAUACAGCCAUAUUUUCAAAUAUACUGUACUUUUACAAGCAAAUUCACUGUAUUGUGCUACGUGACAGAAAGCCGAUAUAAACUUUAUAAACAAAAGAUAAUUAAACGUAACAGAACGGCGAACAAGCAGAUUCGGCCAUCUCAAAUAAUGGUAAUGUUGGGAUAGUAGUGUUGCAGACUGCAGAGGAGAGUGGGCAGUAAGGGUCCUUCGUGUACCACCCCAUGGAAAACCUGCACCCCUCCUUGCAGAUGUGGCUAGAUCCGCCCUAAUAAGCUUUCUAUAACAUUUGAGCUGCGUGCUUUAUUCAGCUCUAAGAAAGGGUGAUUAGCACCUAAUUGACUUUUCAGUUUUCUAAGCUGAUGAAGCGUAUCAUUGCACUACACAAAUGGUAUUCACUGUAUCUUUUCUACCAUAAAACAGCAUUCUACUCUAUUUCACAGCUAUCCAACAGCCCUCUCGCUCGUGGCGUCGGGAGCUGUGAAUGUUAAACCGCUGGUAACACACAAAUUUAAACUGGAGGAAAGUCUGAAGGCUUUCGAAACUGCAGAAAGAGGAGAAGGGAUCAAGGUUAUUAUCGAAUGUCAUAACGAGUGAAAGUUGUCAGUCUCUGAAUUGGAAUAAGAAAUUAAAGCUGCAGUGUGAAUUGACAAUAAUUUUAUGAACAAUUGAAUCAUGUAGGAAAUCGUCUCAAAAAUGAUCAGUGUGAUUUAUCAAUUAAUUCGCAAAUGACGAACUGUGUCGGCUGAGCGCGACGCAGGCAAUUCUUUUGGGGAAAAAUUCUGAUAUUUGCCUUUUACUUUGGGCGAAGUUACUAUUUUUGAUCGAGCGUACAUGUGUUCCACGUUAUCCCUAAAAUGCCCCCUACAAAUGGCCCCUACAAUGUCCCUAAAUGUCCCCUAUAUGUGUUCCUAGUUAUCCAUAAAUGUCCCCAUACAGAUGUUCCCUACAAUAUCCCAAAACGUCCCCUUCUCCUGUUCCCAGUUGUCCCUAAAGUCCCCACACCAAUUUCCCCAGUGUUUCCUAAAUGCCCCCUCACUCAUAAUGAGUUAAAUAUCGAAGUAUUUUGCCAAAAGAGUUCGCCGAACGUUAUCAGAACAUGGUAAACAAGCAUGUCAGUUUUUUGAAAAUGUGAAUUGGAUAUCAACGUGCAUAAACAUGCGUCAAGUACAGCAAGCAAUUGAUAGUCCGAUCUAAAACUUUCCAAUUAAAUAAUAUAUUAAUAUUAAAAUAAAUCACAAUAAAAAUCACGAACAUUUUGCAUAAUACCCGCUUGGGUGUGCUAUGUCUUUGGCCGUGACAUUGAAAGACUGGGUACUAACUUCAUUUUAAAAACUUGCACAAGUUAUUUCUCAAUAUUUUUGUUUCAUUUGUCUUGUUUUUUUUCGCUAAAUGUUGCGUUCUUUUGCCUCUGUGUGCAGCAGAUCAACUCGGCAAUUGUUGGUAAGUGUUAUUUUUGCAAUAGUUCAGAUAAAAAAUGAUUAUUCCUUGUGCAAACCAUAGACAUAUUUGUUGAUAUCUGGAGUGGCAGUAUGACCACUGUCAGUCGAAACUUCAACUGCUUGUUAGAACAUCUAUAUAUCUCCGAAUAGCUCUAUAUGUGUUUGGUAAACUCUGAUAGGUUAUUUAAUUCUAGCAGAGCAUUCUAUAGUUUAUUGUAGUGACUGCAAAUUACUAUUCUUGGUCCAAUCACAGAAUAAGAAGCUAUAACAAGCGUAACUCUAGUCGUUUCCCUUAUUGUUUUGCGUCCACGAAAAUUUUACCUUGCUCACACCAUCCUGGCUAGUACAACCGGAAGUUUUUAUCAGGUUUUGCUAGGUACAAAGUGCCAGUUGUACUAGCCAGGAUGGCGUGAUUGAUGACGAAUCGCUUGUAAAAACGCAGACAAAUGCUUGAGUUACGCUUCUGCUAUACCUUCCUAUUCUGUGAUCCAAUGGUGUGCAAGUUCAUACCACUGUGAACUCUAUAAAUACUGGAACAAUAACUAACUGUCUUAUGAUUGGAUGAAGCCAAGAUCGCAGCCCAUAGAGUGCUCUCUUGUAGGUAUAAAACAUGCGUGGGCUUUGCAGGAGCUGAAAAAUUACUAAAGUUAAAAAGUUUUCUGAUCAAUAUUUUAAAAUUUUUACAGUCAAAUCUGGUGUUCCAUUACCGGCAACAUUGCAAUAUUGUCACACAAUAUUGCAAUAUGAUCGGCUGAUUGCUCUAGCAAAUUGCAACCAACACAAACAAAUUGCAAUUUUUACAUCAUGCCCAAAUGUCAGAUGCCAAGUAUUUGUUGCUUGUUUUGUACCAGUAGCCAAUCGGGCUUUAUUUACAAACUUUCUUCCGAAUUAGCCUUUUGAAUUUUGAAGUUGACUAUUUAAUACUGUUACUGUACGUAAAAAUUGCAAUUUGUUCGCAUUGGUUGAAUUUACUAGUCGGAGCAAUCCGCCAAUCGAUAUCGCGUGACAAUGUUGCCUGUAAUAGAACACUGGAUUUGACUGUAAUGGUAAACCAUUGAACUAAAAAUAACUGGAACGCUACGUUCAGUAAACUGCGCAUGCAAAUUUUGAAGCCAAAAUUUGACUCCCAUGAAGCCAGUUUUGACUCCCAGACACGCACUUCCACACGUGUUUCUACUGCGCGAUACAAUGCAGGGGGCGAACGAAGCAUGCCAUUUGAACGUUUCAUGGCAAGAUGCGAAUCGAAAGGGAAACGGGCCUUUAAUUUUAAAACGGGCCUUUUAAAGCCUGUGUACGACCUUGUAUAAUUUAGCUUCAAACUUCCGCUUGAACGUAGCAUUCCAGUUAUUUUUAGUUCAAUGUGGUAAACACUCCACCUGAAAACUAAGUGAAAAGGUAAGAUUGAUGCAACCGCAGUCCAUAUCAUUCUGUGUUUAGUUCAAAUCCCUCCUAUAGUCCUGAAAAACAUGAUGAUUUUUAUGAUCAAGAGUUUCUAAAAUAUUUGUUUAUUCUGAAAGACCAGUUGCUCCAGCUUCUUCGGGCCAUGGUAAAGCCAGACUUACAAAAAUAGUUAGCCGAAAAGUUAUGAAAUUCCUAUAUGAAAUCAUGCUGAUUUUUCGUAUUGAAUAGGCAAUUCCAGCUUUAGACUAAAUUUUGAUCUAGGCAAGAAGGACAAAAUCCAUCACCACAGCUAGAAAGAGCAUGUUAAAAUUAGUAAAAUUGCAAAGUUUGACUGCGAAAUGUUGUAAAAUGUGGAAAAUAUAGCCCUCUGAAAUUUGCAAACUUUGUAUUAAUUUGUAUUAGGCCUGGUUUAGAUGGCGAACUUUUCAUGCGCCGAAUCUAAUUGUCAUAGAUACGGCAAAAUUGAAGCUGAAGCUGAUUUAGACGUCGAACUUAAUUGUACCGUACCAAAUUGCUAGGACACGAUAUUGGACAUAUUUACAAUGCAAAUAUAUGAUAAUCAUAUGAUGUUAAAAAAUAAUUACGCAUUAGGUUCGGCGCAUGAAAAGCACAGCGUCUAAAUCAAUGUCGAACAUGUGUCGCAUAUACGACUUGUCAGUUGUCGCAUCUUCGAGUCAUGUCGAACUUAAUCAAAACCUGUCGAACUUAAUUGAUUUAGACGCUGCUCCAGCGUCGCACUUAAUUCUUGCAUUAGAUUUGGAACAUGAGAAGUUCGCCAUCUAAACCGGGCCUACGCACAGUAAUUUGCAUCACAUUUGCCAUUUGGGCCGAAAGUGGUGUGUAUUUCUGUGCGUAAAUAUACAAAUUAAUACAAAAUUUGCAAAUUUCACAGGGCUAUAUUUUCCUCACUUUACAACAUUUUGCAACCAAACUUUGCAAUUUUACUAAUUUUAACAUGCUCUUUCUAGCUGUGGUGAUGAAUUUUGUUCUUCUUGCCUAGAUCAAAAUUUAGUCUAUAGCUCUAAUCGUCCAUUGGGCUAUGAAUAGUACCUAAUUCUCAGAGAUGAUUGACAUGCGUGAAUUUCCUUUCAGACGAAACCUCUAGUUUUAAGAGGUGUGGCAACACAAGCUGAGUUUGAUAUUGAG